CUCAUUAUAUCAAUUACUCAUCUGAGAAAGAAGAGAAAACAAAGAACAAAUUGAAAAGACAGGCCAGAAAUAUUUAACAUCUUCGAACAACUCCCUGUUAAUUGUAUGAUGGAUUCGAUUAUUGGAAGUAGCUUUUCAGGAUCGGAAAUGGUGAUAAAGAUAGCAAUAUUCUUUAUGGUUCAAGCUUUGGUAUAUUUGAUCCUUUCGAAAUCUUCGACCGUAUUUUCGAGUAGUGAUCUGAAGAGGUCACAUAGCUUCCGACCAGCUCGCUCUGUCUCAAUUCGCCGUUUCAUGGCUGCUCUGGCCGAUAUGCCAGCCGGCGGUGAGCUCUCUCCAUCGGGUUCUUAAGGAUCCAGUACUGUUGCGGCAACCACACCUAAAUCAAAGUUAGGCUCUUAAUUAGCUGUAUACAAGUUUGUUAUUAACUAGCUAGAAUGUUUUGAUCAAUUUGUAUUGCUGUUUGUAUUGUUUAAUUUGUUAGUGUGUAGGAUUCUUUUAUUCUUUGGUUAUUUCAUUUGUAUAAAAUUACUUUGAAGGUUAAUGUUGGAUUUUGUAUGAAAAACAUUGUAUUAUAAAUUUAUAAUUUAGCAAUC